GAACGCUGCUGUCUCAGAAUCUCGUGUCGGGAUCUAACCGUCCCAGCGCGUCUGAGCAGAGUCAGAAAACUGGGGAUCAGCCUCGCAUGGCUGCACGGCUUGUCCACCCCGUUCCGCCCUGUUCCCGUGUGACGAACGCGGUUCAUUGCGACAGUACAUCAUUGCCUCGUGUUUGAACAAGAUCGGCACAACCUCCAUGCUCGCAAUUCCCAACAUCUCGCGUUAACAUUUCGAUCGACCGAGCUGUCUCCGGCAGCUUCGUCGACAUGCUGACGCUCCACUCGCUUUUGCACCUUCCUCCCAUACUCCUCGCUGGCCUCGUAACACGCGCAUACGCAGCUCCAGAUGGCGUUAUUGGCGACGACAAAGGCGCGGACAGGCCUACCUACGCGACAGCUCUCACCGGUGGCGAGGGCUGUGACUUCUCCGAGAUCGAAGACAUCCGCGAUGGCUUCUCCGAGAUGACGAUUCUCUUCGCCGCCGCCACGCCCUUCGACCUCACCUCUCAGCCCGCAAGAGAGUUCUUCGGCCCCUCGAUAAACGCUAAUUACACCGACAUGAUAGCCACGAACCUGCAACGCGCAGCCAACUUUGGCGUCCUACAAGGAGGAACCGGCGCCGUAAACUCAGACAUCCACAUCCGAUGCGACGACCCCAUGAACCUCUGCGACAAAGGCAACAAACGCGAAGGCGACCACGCCGCCUACAACAUCGGCAACGAACCACACAUAGUCUUCUGCUCCGACUACUUCCGCAUGGACUCCCUCAACAACCGCAUCAACAAGAAAGCCGACAACCAAAUGGAAAAAGACCGACUGAUGGAGUACUACAACCGCGCCUCGCUCUGGGCACGAAUGGUGAUGCACUUCGCCUCCAUCGGCACAGCCGUCGUCCAACGACCAAUGCCCGCGCCCCCAAACUCGACGAGCGAAUGGCUCAUCUCCGUCUCGGAAGGCGCAAUGAAUACCUCCGUCCUCGCCGGCGUCCUCAACGAACAACCCGAAACACCAACCGACUUCCAAACCCUCAAAUACGCCUACGGCGCCACGCGCUCCAAGCUCCUCGCCGUCCUCUCCACGCAAAUGUCGUACGAUGCGGCGAACAAUGCGGAGAACUAUGCGUUAUACGCGCUAGCGCAGUAUAUUAUCCAGAACAAGGGUUUCUAUCCCGCGGUUCCUAUAAUGGAUUUCCCGAAUGAGGCGAGUGUGCUUACGAAUGAGAAUUUGCAGGAUGGCGAGAGGGUCAAGUAUGCGUAUUUCGAUGCUGUGGAUGUGGUGGCGAGACCGACGGAUAUGGAACUCAAGGGUGCGCCGUUGCCUUCAAAGGGUGCGGUUGUGAGGGCUAGAAGAGUAGGGAUUAUGGUUGUUGCGUUGGGGGUUGGGGCUGCGCUCUUGUUGGCCCCGUUUGGAUGAAAUGCGAGGAGGGCGUCGACACGAAAUGGAAUACCUGGGUUGAGGCGAGCCGGAUCGAUGUCAGUUAUGGAAACGUGUUCCUGUGGCCUCUGGCGGUUGUCCGGUAUACAACUAUGAGGGGAAUAGGACAUCGCCACGCCACAACGCCUCCAAGCUCCACACGGCAUGAG